AUGAGCAACGUUUACCCAUUGGCGUUUGGCUACCCCUGUUGUUAUGCGUAGCUGAGACAUAAAUCCGAGCAAAAUUGGCCGUGUAGCCUAGUCAAUCCUACCUGACUGUUAAGUAGCUUUUCUUAUCAUGGGGCAGUGUGCUGUUUCAUCAUCAUAGCUGGCGUGGAGCGUGUGUGUCUGGUCGGUGCUUUAUGCGACGUAGGAAGGGAAUAGCUGUUCGAAACAUCUGACAGCCUGAUGUGUCAACAUGUGCGCCACCGAUACCGUCCGAACAUGCAAAACUCUCCGCUCUUCCACUACCUGCAGGAUCUAGGACACACAGACUUUGAGGCAUGUCCCACGGUGUCUCAGGAGGACGAGUGUGGAGGAGGAAAGGGGGGGGCGGCCUCCCUCCAGGACAGCCUCUCCAAACCCACAGGAGGACAUCUAUGGAGAUUGGCUGAUGCCUUGUGGAGGCGGAGCCCGUUCCACCAGGCCGCCUCGGCCCAUAGGCUGGAGCAGCAGCUGGACUGUGUGUUUGGCCAGUAUGCGGUGCGGUGUAUCCUGGACCAGGAUGUGUUGCUCCAGGAGGAUGUGGAGCUGAUCGAGCUAUUAGACCCCAGCCUGCUCACCCUUGGCUCCUCGCCCUCCGGCUCGCCCAGACGAGACAACUCCCUGCCCUGCCCGCGCCUCCUCGCCUCACCCUCGCAAUGGGACGUAGCAAUGCUGGUGGGCCUGGCUGCAGUGUUACUAAGCCUGUCCUCUCUCUCUGACGGGGCCUGGUCUCUGGCUGUUAUCCCGUGGUGUGCUGCAGUCAUGGGCUGGGUGUGGCUGCGAGGGGCGGGGCUGUGGAGACAGGGGAGGAUGCAGAGGGCAGCACACGCCCAGGCCUCCGAGCUGCAGACCAUGGUGCUGAACAGCAAGGCUCUGACCAGCCUGGCCCGCAAGUCCCUGAGACUACUACAGGAAACAGAGGUCAUCUCUCGAGGGUUCACCCUUCUGCUCGACAGGGUGAGUGCAUCCAGCUCCUUUAGCAGGGCAGGGCUGGGGGCGGGGCCACGGGGGCAGCAGCUGAUUGGCCUGCGGAAGGCGGUGUACCGGGCGCUCCGCUCAGCCUUCAGAGCCUCCCGCCGAGCCACCUGCCACAUGCUCAAAGCUUACCCCCUGAACUCUGAGAUCGACAAUGUGACCAACUACGUGUCUGCGGUGCCUCUGAAGGAGCUGGGGAUGGGCCUGGGGACAGAGCACCUGACUGACGAGGAGGCACAGGAGCUCACCGAUGACUACAGCCUCCCUGCCCUCAAGGUGCUGUUCCAGCUGUGGGUGGGGCAGAGCUCAGAAUGUUUCCGUCGAUUGGCCCUGCUACUGUCGUCACGACGACUGGAGGAGCCCAGGGAAGACUGGGUCGAAGGUGAAACCCCUCCUCCGCCCAUACAUCGCUCUGUUGCCACGGUGACACAGCCUCUCCACGGUGCCCUGGCCAGUUGCCUAGGUGACCUGCAGCGUAGCUAUGAGUUCCACCGGUACUUUGAGACGCAGCACCGGACGCAGGGCUCGGACAGGGUGGGGCGCGCUCGACAGAAAUGCAGAGAGCUCAACGCACUGCACACGUCUGUACGCAGCCUGCAGCUGCAUCUCAGGGCCCUGCUCAACGAGAUGAUUAUCCUGGAGGAUGACCUGGAGAAGCUGAUGGUGACCAAGGAGGCGGUGGAGGUGACUGUGGAGGGCUACCAGGACAUCCAGGAGCGUCUCAGUCACCUGCAGCCCCACAUGCAGGCCAGCGCCGGAUGCUGGGAGGACACCGUGGGCCAGGUGGAGCGCAUGCUGAGGAGAGCUAACACCUGCCCAGGAACUCCUGAGGGUCCAGAGCAGUGUCUCCCUCCUGUGCCCUGCACCCCUGUCCCAACCUACACCCUCAUCCUGGACAGGGACCCUGUGCCUGAGGAGCAGGAGCUGGAAGCGUACGUGUCGGACUCAGAGGAUGAGAACGGGUGGGCGGGGUCGGUGGUUGACAUGCUGUCUCCCGAGGAACGAGAGCGCCAGCGGCGGGAGAGGGAGGAGUCUCGGCGUGUCCUAUCGGAGCUCAAAGCCGUGCUGGGCCAGCGGGCGUCCGAGGGCGAGAGAAGGAAGUGGAAACAGCUGCUCUUCAACGACCAAGCGGCGGCGAUGCCUAUCGUUUCCGGGGUAACGUCAGCAGAAUCUUCUACAGAAUCUCAGACUCCCUCCGACCCAUUGGACACUCUGACACUUGUGGGCAUGGCCAAACCAGGUGUUGCCGAGGGAAACCACCUAUUGGACAGGCUGAACAACGAGGAGGAAGACGAGGUCAGGGACGAGUGCCCCCUCACAGAGGCAGAGGAAAAAGCACUUACAGAGUUCUGCUGUGGUGAGGCGGAGGAAAAGGGGGAGGAGGGUGAAGGUGGGGCUUCAGUCCCAGAUAGGACAGGCGGGGCGCAGCUCUACCAAUACGACGGGCUGCCUGACGAGGGGGCAGGACUGAACGGGCCCGACCUUCUAUUGCAGCCCCGGAUUCCCGCCAUCACGGUGAUGGACAGGCUGACGGAACUACACGGCUCGGCGAUGCUCAGCUUUAAUUCCGCCCUCGCCGCCCAGGUGGCGGCACAUUCGCACACCUUCGCCAACAUGGAGGAGCAGACGUUUGGAGACAGCGGAGAAGAAGAAGGGGUAGAGGGAGAGAGGCGUUCGCUACCUGAUGGACAGACAGCUGAGAAGGACUAGAGCCUAAACCCUCCUGCUUUACGGAGCUUUGAACAGAACAGAUAUGGAUAGACAGCCAGGGUUCCUGUAUUUAUGUCUGACCCCACUCCAGGGUUAUUUAUUGCGGCUUUCCGUUUCCUUGGCUCCAUGGGUCUCUGUCAUGUCUUCAUCGGUGUGUGUGCAUGACUGGGUGAGUGCAUGCGUGUGAGUGAGAAAGCAUUGUGUGUAUGCGAGAGAGCAUUGUGUGUAUGCGAGAGAGCAUUGUGUGUAUGCGAGAGAGCAUUGUGUGUAUGCGAGAGAGCAUUGUGUGUAUACACAAUGUCUGAGUGUCUUUGUGAGUUUUAAGAAGAGCACUACACCACCUCCUGUUACACUCCUCCACCCAUCCGUCCAUACUUUACCCACAAUUCCCCUGUGGCCACUCUCCUGUGCUACUCAGGUACCAGAACCACAACACAAACUCUGACCUCACCGUCACAAGGUGUUCAGUUUAAUCCAUCCCCUGUAGCUGUUAGAGGCAGAGAAACUUGGUUAUAGCAUCAAAUACAUUUUCUCUAACUAUUGACCAGUACCUUUCCAUGAUAUGUCAACGUUGCCUAACAGUUUAGCAUAUUGGUGUCUGAUUCAAAAAGCCUAAUUAGCUAAAUCAUUAUUAUUAUUUUUACCACAUCACUUCCUGUAUGACUCCUGUAUUGAAAAGUAGAGUCUGAUGUGUGGUUGCUCUGUUGAAUGUGUGCCCGACAGCCCAGGGUAGAAUGCUCAGGUACUGAAUCACUGACCGUGGGCUGAAUGUAAGAUGUUACUAUACACACACACACACACACACACACACACAGAUGUUACUGCACACACACACCACACUGUAAAAGGGGAAGGAGGGGUACAUUUCAAAGAGAGCAGGGGGAAAGCUAUUUUUAUUAUCACUGUUUUAUUUCUGGUCUGCCUCUCUGAGUCUGCACUUAUACGCACUCUUCAACUCACUAGGAAUGGCCCUGUAACUGCAAAGAUGUGUUGGCUAAAACACCUGUCACUCAACCAACAGCAACCAAUGAGCAGACAGAGACAUCAGAGAGAAGGGUGGACAUAGUUGACCUUGUAAAAUGGACUAGCCUACCAGAUUUGGAAAUAUUUUGAUAUAUUGAGUGUUGUUUUUAUUUGAGAGAUGAAUAUGGUCAGGCAGUGGAUUGCUGUGAAAUGAAAUUCAUCCCCAUCCACUAAUGAACCAAACACAUUCACAGUGCUUAUUUCCCCAAUGGUCUCGUCAAGUGCUCCUCUCAUGCUCAUCUGAUGCAGGAUACAGGAUCAAUGAUGCUCCAAUGAAGAGUCUGUAGGGGAUGAUAACUGGGUGAUUAUUGAGGUAAAGUGUUGUACUACCUCAUGCCACCUCUACUGCACCUACUAUGAAAUCUGUUCCGCUGGUGUCUAACUCCAUACCUACUACAUGUAUCUCAAAUCUGAAUGGUCUGCUGUGUCAGAACGUUUUGGUUCUGUCUUGUGUAUAACUGUAAAUGUUUCUAUGGAGAUUGUACCAUUGUAUCUCUCUCCCAUGUCUCGGCAUCUGUGUUUCCAUAACGCUCACUCACUAGAAUGUGAUCCAACUCUAUUGAUUUGGGGAUUGAGUUUGGGACAGUUAUUACGGAGUGUCCUGGAAUGCUACUAUCGGUGAUUACAAUUAAUUUGAGUGAUGAUCGAUGAUGAUGAUGAUCGAAGGACAGCAUGUGCUUAUUGACUGCACUGAUGAUUCCGCUUGUGUGUGUCAGGGGGUGUCUGACCACCCUGAGGUGCCCCCCUCCCCGUCCUUCCCCCUCACCGUGUCUGCCUUGCCUUGUCUUGCCCUACAGUCCUCCACCAUAUGUCCCCUUCCUGAAGUGAGUUCUGUCCCUCCUACAUUUAAUUUGUAAAAUAAAAUGCUAUUCUGGAGCUGACUGUC